CUGACUAGACCGCAUUCAGCCAGUACAGGGGGACUGUAACGACGUCGUUGUGCAGUAAGUGUGCUGCUACAUUCAGACAGAUAGAAAUAGAAGAGGGCAUGCAGCUGCUUGCUGGGCCCUUCAACAGAGACCUUUUGAAACAGCACAGCACGCAUACUGCAGUCCUCUUCCAGGCAGUGCUGUGUUCUGGCCGGUUGGUAGAAAGGUUCUGAUCCUCCUCCGCUCCAGCAAGCAGGACGCGUAGUGGCCAUACGUGCCUCGUUAGCUACACAGACGAACCUUAGCCGACACUUGUUAGAAAUUAUCAAAGUAUCAGUGAUUGGGAGAAACGAGUGCGGCGUAGUGUUCCCUGAGAGGUCGAGCAAGAAUUUGUAGGAAGUUCAUUCCGGAGUGACUACAGGUUGCUCUUUGCCGGAGAGCCGAUAGCAGACAGUGUUGUGCGGUGAAGUGGAAAUUCCUGUCGGACGCGUUCACAGUGGGGAAGGUCGUUACCCGACGUGACUAGGGAGGAUAGUGGCGAAGCAAGCGCCUACGGGAUUAGAAGAUGCUGCGGCCCACUGAAGGCCAGAGCGUCUGGGCCCUCACCACGCUACUCAUUGCAGCCUGCAGCCUGAACUCUCGGCUGGUGGUCGGCAUCAAUCAGAAAACAGGGAAGGCUCACUACCCCAUCAUUGAGAUUAUGCAAGAAGUUGAACAGGAGGCAGACAGCGAUGGCCUGCCCGAGGGGGUGGGCAUUGAGGACAGCCAUCCGAGAAAUCUGCACAACACCAGCUAUAACUUCAUGGUGAACGCACUGUUCCGCCUGCCCACCCAGCUAGUGCUGACCGAGGCACCACCGCACAAUAUAGCCAUCAUGGUCAGGCUAAAAAUAGCCGACGAUCCUCUAUCAACGGCAUACUUCGGAAGCGACGAGGCGAAACGCUCCGGCGGCUAUUUGUUUGCAAUCCGCGGCACACAGCGACAGAAUGUAACGCAAUCGGAUGCGGAUGACAGCGAUAAUGCACCAAACACCUUAAAUCCGCUCGGCGAACACUGGGGAGAUAGUCAGCACCAAGAACGCCAGGACCCUGUACAGCUUGGCGUUCGGUUUGGCCGCUACGAUAGACGCCGUAGGCUGCGGAACAUCACGCUGAACUUCCCGAUCCCGAUCCAGAACCUCAGCGAUGCGGACAACAAGUCAGACGGUGUGGCAACGGUGACGGUGUCUGUGAGAGGGUUUGACAGCAACUGGCAUCAACUGGCCAUUGCCAUCCAUGACAAUCAGGUGGAUGUGUACCUGGAUUGCGCUCUGCAGGUCUCGCAGGUGAUACCGGGCAACUACAACUGGAGGUUGCCAAUGCCACUGGAUGUGGAGAAUGAGUUCUAUCUGGCUUGGUCAGGCGACAAGCGGUACCCGUGUCCACUCGUGGUGACGCUGAACUCUCUGCAGUUGUCCUGGAACCCGGCGGAUGCAUCGCGCAUGUGCGACCAGUGGCUGCCUGAUGACGAUGAAGACAGUCAUAGCCAGUCAUCUGGCAGCAGUGGCAGUGGAAGCGGUGAUGGCUUUGGCAGCGGAAGCGGCGAUGGCUUUGGCAGUGGUAGUGGUAGUGAUGAAGACCCCAGCUCAUCAUCCGGUCAAGCUCCUCAGCCAGACAAGCCACGUCGCCGAUGCUCGCGUAGACCGACGCCGGCGGCAGCAUCACGAGGCCAAAGCAGCCGACAAGACAAUGCCCAUAAUACCGAAGCCGACAGGCAAAGUGUUGACAACCGCCGUGCACCCGGAGCACCGUUGCAGUGCCAGGAGAACUUAAACCUUAGCAUCUCAAUCAUCCAGCAGCUCAACCUGCCCACAGACAAGACCAAGUUCCUCACACAGAUCAUGGGUACAAUGCUGAGCUGUGGAUGCAGUCAGUCCUCAUCACGUUCAGCUGGACCAGCUAUACAGCCAUACUCCUCGCAGGGUCAUCCUCACCAGGGACAGCUACCUGGCGGAGAUGAUGUUGAUGAAGACGAAGAAUGCGAUGAUGAUGAUGACGGUGGUGACAGCUAUGAAGAGCCAGCUGGUGUGGAGCAAGUAGCCACCGAAGCAGUGACUCAUGCUACACCGGGUAUGACAUCAUCAUCAACGCAUCCACCAUCUGUGCCGCCAACCACUCAGCCGCCGGUUUCCGAGGAGACGACAACGUCGGCUGCAACCGACUCACCCACAUCACCCACUGCAUUGCCGUCGGCGACAAUACGAACCGAAGCAGAGACUGAGAUUCCCAAGACGAGAAGCGAAGUGGAGGAAGAAAAGCCCAACAAUGUGGAGGUCAUCUACCGGCCAGAUAAGCUGCAUGAAGAUGAAGAGGAGCCGGAGAGAAAGCCAUAUGAUGAACAGCAGAAGCACCAGCAGCAGCAGCAGCACUCGGGUCUACCUAGUAACAUCAUUCUGCUGGAAAAGCUGGAUGAAUUGAAGCACUACAGCCAAGUUGGCACGACGGUGCUGGUGGACGAGACGCAGGAGGUGCUGAUUCGCUUCAGGACCGACUGGAAGGUCGUUCCGCUGGUCAUACGCUAUGGCCUUGGUGCUUCUGAGUCUGACACACCGCCACACCAUUCAGCUCAAGACCAUACUAAUCCUGAGCAAGCAGCCAGGCCGGGGUCGAUACGCAACCGGCAUCCAGCGGAUGGCAUCGGCCAUGAGCAUUCUGACAGGAUCAAAGCCACUGCCCAUACCAGUCGACCUAACAAUGUACAACCGUUAUCCACCAUGCCUCGAGACAACGUAAAGAGGGUCCCCAGCACGGACUCCACGGUUCUGAGCACGUCCUCGGAAACGGCAUCGCCAUCCACACUCCCAAGAUCUGCACACCGUGCUCAAACACCAUCAGCAGCAGAGUCCAUCACGUCAGUGGAUGGCGGGCCUGAUGGUACUAAGCCACCACCUGGUGAAUGGGAUCACAGAGCCACAACACUACCACCACCACUGCCGUCACAAACAGCUAGCCGUGUAUCUGAAGAUCAAGCUGAUGUAAGAACAGAGGGGCAUGUUGAUGACUCUCCUGCCACGCCUGACCCAUUGGUGCUGGCAGUAGCAUCAGAACGAGAACUCAACGCAACGCCUGAACCUCCACCAGAUGGCCAGAAACACAUCCCCAAGACACAGUCGAAUAUCAACCUGGGGGAAGUCCUUUCAACCGAGACGCAAAUAGCAGGAACGACCCUGGACAUGGGAAGCGAGGAUCCAUACGUCACCGUGGAGCUGACCGAACCACCUCCUGAAGACACCCUAUCAGUCUCUGUUUCUGAGGAUCUGGUGCAACUCACCCCUGAUACUUCAAUACACAAACCAUACGCAGCAUUAAAUGAAGACAGAGAGCCUGUAGCAACACAAGAGUGGGUGUUAGAAACUGACCAAGCUGAGGCUACAGAUCUCGCUGUGGACAAGUUACAAGAUCCAACUCCAGUGCCAUCAUUCUCCAGUAUGUUUGAAGAGGACAUUGUACCAACCAUGCAAGUACGUGGAGACAUACCCUCUCUGCCUAGUCCAAGCAAUACAAAGACACAUGAACCCUGGAACAACAACGAUAAAGCUACACCAGUGGAAAUCAUUGCUGUCUCUCCAGAACCCCCAAGUCCUGACACUGCCAAUGCUACUGCUGCCACCAGCAGUAUUGGUGAGCAGCAAGCGCAUCCACGGUAUCCCGUCUGUGGAAAUGGCGUAGUGGAAGUCGGCGAGGAGUGCGAUGAUGGCAAUGCACUUGACUGGGACAGCUGUGUGUAUUGUAAGCAUGCUCGUUGUGGGGAUGGUUAUGUGAUGCGUGGAGCUGAGUCGUGUGAUGGCGAUGCCACGGUUGACAUGAGAUGUAGUGACUUUCCCGGAUCUCGACCUGGCAAGAUUUCGUGCAGUUCCCAAUGCCGUCUUCUUGUCUCUGACUGCUUCAGUUCUGCCUCAAAACUGGUACGUAUAGCACCGUUGCAGCGCCCACGCAAUGGCUACCUCGGCGGCCCUCACUCCGCUGAUCGCCUGUGUCGGCACGAGGCUAAGAGACACGGCACACAUGGCCUUUACCGAGCAUUCCUCAACUCCAUGAGCCGCUUGCUAGCGCAUGCAGUGCCGGAGUUUUCGUUGGAUCGGCCAGUAGUUAACAUGAAAGGUGAGAUGUUACUACGUUCAUGGAGAACUCUUCUACAAGACACUGGAAUACAAUGGACGGCAGAUGUUCUGUCGUUCAGUGGCCAGCGCCUGCCCUAUCCAAGGUUUGCAUGGCUUGGGUUUAGCAUGGGUGCUAGUCACAGCUACACCAGCCAAUUCAGCAACCUGCGAGCGGUUGCGUCUGCUGCCACGGACAGCACGUGUAAGAACUGGAAGUCGAUCAGCUCGCAUCAAUUUGCCUCGGCCGUACUGCUGACUGCAUCGACAUCGGAUGCCGGAAAUCUGGCAAGGCGACGCUGUCACGAGCGCCAUCUUCUCCUCUGCUACUCUGUACCCAGUGUGUAGUCAGACUGAAACAAGGCCAGAGGGUCUUUGGACUCAAGUCACGGUCCAGACUUACACCAUGCCAAGGAAGAUGACCUUAUAGACCAGCUGUUACCAAUCCUGCCUGUUACAGAAGCUGCUUCCCUGUUUCUACAAAUUAAUGGUUCUCGCCAAGCACUGGAAUCCUACCAUUUGUGCACGGCACCUUGGAUUAGUGAAUUACACCUCGGGUUUACAAAUGCAGUUACCGCAACCUGUUCAUUGUGUUUCCCUGGCAUCCCAUCUGUUGCUGGAAUCCAUGAGUGAAGAUGCAAUAAUGCCGGUGACAGAAUGAUGGUACUAUACAUGGUCACAACGUCUCGCCGUGACUCCGGACAUCGCAAGGCACAUGCCAUGGUGUGAUCAAUUCAUUGCUUGAAGCUAUUGGACGUGGGAUAAGUUAGUUCCUUGCCUCCAAGAAGAUCAGACGGUCGAGAAAAAUGCACCACAGAACAUUGUAUUGUACAUACUGCUUGUUUUUUCUUGAUGAGGAUUGAGUCUACACACGAUAUGCCGAGUUGUUGAACUCUGAGUUAUUCCGUGUGUGAUGAUAUGUGUUGCCCGAAAAAUUCAAUACUAAGCUAUACUACGUGCAACUAUCAUAUCAAAUGAAUUGGCUAUGGCUGAAUUAUUACCAAAGAGAAUCCAACAAAAUAUUCUGCUGGAAAUGUUUGCGAGCCCCCCGGGCUUUGCAACAAUUUAUCAUUGCGAUGGCUUGAUAAUCGAUGACCGAUACGCGAUGUUGUUGGUCACUUUAGUUAUAUAUUUUUAUGCAUUUCCUUACAUCUGAUUAAAUUGGCCGAGAUCUGUAACUAUGAA